GUUUGUUUAGUCAUACUAUAGUGACAAUUACACAUUUAUGGGUGAGCUUUACAAGUGGAAACGUUUGAGCAUGCACGUGUUACUUAGGGAUUGCCAUGUGCAGGCUAUUCUUAUAUUUUUGUGUUUUCAUAUUGUUUCACCUUUGUGUCAUCAUUUUAUUCUCCGACUUCUUUCUAAAUGAGGGUGAUAGCCAUGUGUAAACAGGUAGGCAUAUUUCACAUAAUAGGUACUGACUGCCACUUGUUUGUAAACCUACUGGCUUCCUGCACCAACCCUUGUGUUACUAUCAUCAUUUAUUUUCAUGGUCCAAACAGCCUCUUCGUCCUCUUGCUACGUGCUUGUGUUAGUCUAUACACCGCGGUGGCCUGAGGCAGGUGAAGGCCUGGGUGUGGCGGUCAAUAAUGAGGAACUGUCUCUACUGUUUCUCAUUCCCCACCACCACCACCUAGUAGCGACAGCGUCCGGGUUGAGUGUUGAAGACAUGGGUGGUGGCGGCGUUCCUGGUGCUGGUGACAAACUGGCACCACGCCUUCUGCUCCCAAGACGCCCAUACCCCAGUCCCCGCCCCUGCCGUCAUUACUUCUCCAGGCGCAGAUGUGCAGAACGCCAGAGGAUGGAGGGUGCCUCACUCACCGUCUCCCAACUGUGUCCCGCAGGACAUUGACGUGACAUUGAAUCAAGAAACAUUCCCAGAACAGUUUACUGUCGAAAUGAAGAACCCAGAACAUUGUGAGGGUAAGGCCAUCAGUCUUUACAAGUGGGAGGGGUCCAGCGAAAACCUCGUCUAUGUGUUUAAUUUCCAGGUUGGGAGAAAGUACUGCUACCCGAAGAAAGGCCGGUACAUGCUGAAGCUAGGAAAUGUUUUGACCAAGAAUUUCUCCCUGAGCGGCUUACAUCUCCGUCUUGAUGCCGUUCACUUCCAAAAUGACAGUGAAGUUCAAGUAAAGUUUGAAAAGCUUCCUCCAUGGGUCAGCCGGCUCAAACUUGAAAUGGAGAAAAGUGGGAAUAUUGUGGGCAGCGUGACGGUAGAAAGAACACCAGCUCUUAUCCCAGGAAACUACACUAUCAAUAACUCAUACAACCUGUGGUACUUUCCUGAAGUGGACGUGCCAGAAGCCGUGGAGUGUGGUAAAAUCGAAGAAUGGCUGUUUGGUGAAGAGCACUAUUAUAGUCACAAGCCAACUAAAACACCUUUGGAUGUCAACAAUACUGCAAUGAAGUUGAUUGUGUUCCUGGGAGUGUGUUGCCUUUGUAUUGGCAUAGUGGCUGUUGUUAUUUUCUUCCGCUAUGCCAGAGCAGUUGACAACCCCAGCUCCCUCCUGCCCUGUUACCACAGCACCACAGGGACCAGGAAUAACUCAGUGUCUUCAACCUCUCCAUUAAUUGUUACAACACUUACCACUGACAAAUGUAAAAUUUCUCCAAGUGUUGAGGAUGUGCUGUUGGUGCAUGCUGCAGACACACCUGAGCUGGUUCACUUCUGCCAGAAGCUGAAGGCUGCCAUUGCAAAAUGUUGCAACAGAAAGGUCCUGGACAUCACCAUAAGGAACGUGAAGAGAAUGGAAUCCCCAGAGACUUGGCUGCUGCAGGUGUUGACCCAGCAAGACACCAUAGUGCUGCUUGUCAUGUCUCCAGGCCUGGCAGCCCUGCACAGGAGUCUCCAGCCCAAUGGUGAAGGGAACAAAGUGGCAGUGAAUGGAAGGAUGCAGGCCUGGGACAACCUGCUGAGGGAAUGUUUGCGCUACCUGCAGGAUCAUCUUGCUCUCAACUACACCCGCCUCUUCAUUGUGGCCAGAUCUCAAGAGAGCCUCACCAAAGACAACAUUCCUCAACUUGUGCCAGGCAAGAGAUACCUGCUUCCUCUCCACCACCAGGAGCUGCUGAGGGCACUAGGAAGCUGCCAGCCGGAGACGAGCCGUCCUCUCUCAACGACGGCGACUGUGUGUGUGUGUGUGUGUGUGUGUGUGUGUUUGUAUUUAUCUAGUUGUAAUAUACAGGAAAAGACCUAUGCUUGUGCUGUCCCAUCUCCAUAUCUAUGAAAAUCUAACAUUUUUUUUUACUUAUUGAUUGUUCUUGCUUCAUUGACUCUCUUAUCUUAAUCAUUCCAUACCUCUACAUAUCUUUGUGGAAAGCUGAACUUCUUGAUAUCUCUGCUGCAGUUGUCCUUUCCUAAUUUCUUUCCAUGUCCUCUUGUGUCACUGGUGUCCCAGAUUAGGAAGUCUUCUCUAUCUAAUUUUUCCAGUCCAUUCAUUGCUCUGCCAGCUCUCAAUGUAACAUAAUGUGAAGUAACCAAUAGAAAUGUGAUAAAGAGUAAUGGAUAACCAAUAGAACAACAAUCAUAGAUAUGAGAGAUGGAGGAAGAAGAGAAAAAUAAUGAAAAGGAGGAGGAGGAGUAGGAGGAAGAAGAAGAAGAGUAAAAUGAGGAGGAGAAGAAGGAAAAACAAAAGGAGGAGGAGGAGGAGGAGGAAGAUGGCAACAUGAGAUGGUGGGGCCCAAGAUACAGCAUAGCACACAAAGCCAGUCAUGGCAAUUCCUUGUUGAUGUAAUUGUGUGUUGAAAUGUCAUGAAACUGAACUGAAGUGUGCAUUGGGUUUAGAGAAUUAAGGAAUGCAAUGUUCAUUCAUCAUACUUCAACAGUCAGCUCCAACCCAGAAAGAUGGUUGACAUGUAUUUUGAAUCUGUGAAGUUACAUUCUUUGUUGUGUUAAUUCAGUUGAUGUUCGUAAAUUGCCCCAGAACUAAAGUUUAUAAAUGCAA